AUGCCGCCUCAGGACGCAGCCUCCUCCUUCCACCACUUCCUCGAGAAGAUGAAGAACCCCCAGGCGUCGGAUCUCGUCCGCUCGAUCAAAACCUUCGUGAACGAGUUCGAGCAGACCAAGAAGCGCAAGGGCGGCUCCGACCCUGAGUCUGACUCCAAACGGAUCCAGGACUUCUUCAUCCAGAUGGACGUCGCCUUCCGGUCGCAUCCGCUGUGGAGGGACUGUUCGGAGGCGGAGCUCGAGGCCGCGGGCGAGGGCCUCGAGAAGUACGUCCUCACGAAGCUGCACCCGCUGCUGUUCGCCACCGCGCCUGAGGACCGGGAGAGGGACGAACUGCUGUCGCUGCACAUGCGCGGCCUGCAGUUCCUCAAGCCCGAGCACCUCGAGAUACCAGAGGGCCACGCGGACGAGGACAAGGUCGCGAUGGCGGCGCGCGAGCUCGCGCGCAUGGCCGAGUACAAGGCCCCGCGCGACAAGCUCGUGUGCAUGCUCAACUGUUGCCGCCUGGUGGCCGACGCGCUGGACGCGAAGCGGUCGGGCGCAGACGACUUCAUCCCGCUGCUGAUCUACGUCGUCGUGCGCGCGCAGCCCCCGGCGUUCGAGAGCAACCUGCAGUACGUGCAGCGGUUCCGCGGCCACCGCCGUCAGGGGGGGGAGCACGAGUACUACCUGACCACACUCGUGUCAGUCUCGAACUUCGUCGAGACCAUCGACGCCAACCAGCUGCGCGUCCCGCACGAGGAGUUCCUCCGCCACAUGCGCGAGGCGGGCGUGCCCGGCGCCGCCCACGCGUCCCAGGAGCCCCCCGCGGCCCAGCCCGCCGCCGACGCCCUCCCGGCCGACGGCCCAACGGAGUCAGUCGACGCUGCGGCGCGCGACGGCGAGGGCGGGGCGGCCUCCGCGCCGCCCGUGGAGGACAGAUCCAGCGACGUCCCGGCGGCCACCGCCAGCGCCGAAGCAGCCCCGCCAGCGAGCGCGGAGGAGAGCGACUUUCUGGGCAUGGGUGCGCCAGCGACGGGAGGCGCGCCGGCAGCGGCGGAUCCGGGCAGCGCGCGCGGCAGCCAGGCGGAGCAGCCGAUGGUCGACUUGCUGGGCGACGGCGAGGCGUUCGCCGGCGCGUUCGCCGACCUCGCGGCGGCGCCGCCUGGCGACACGGACGCAGCACCAUCCAAGAGCGCGAACGGGGACGCAGCGGCGGCGGAGGACGGCGGCGACGCGUCGCCGCCGGAGCCGAAGGACGAGCCGCCCGCCGCACCGCCGGCGAAGGUCCCGCGGGCCAGCGCAGAGACGGCGCGGUCCGAGCCGGCAAAAGGCAACGGCGGCGCGGUGGCGGCGAUGGCGGCGCGGCCAGCGCACCGCCCGCUGCCGAGUCUGGCUUCGCUGGAGGCGCAGGGCAUUCCGAGCGCGUUGCAGGCGGAGGAGGACGGGGCGCUGCGGCACUAUCAGUUCAUGUACACCAGAGUCGAGGAUUUGAAGAUGUCGGACAUCCCGAAACUCCACGAGCUGUACAAGGAGCUGGCGAUCAAGCACGAGGCGCUGCAGCGGGCGUGGACGGACCUCGGACGCUCCCAGUGGCGAUGA